UGAAUAGCACGUGACUAACCUUCUUCAGUGUAUAUGUUUUGUGAUGUCACAUUUAAAAAUAUGGCGGCAUCAUUUGACAACUCUGAAAUUUUCAGCAAUCUGUCUUCAAAAAUCAUUAAUUUGUUUUUGCGAAGAACGGAAGGAAAUCAAGACCUUAUCAGUAAAACGCUAGAUGAUUUAAAUUCCUUGAACUACAGGUACCCGAUCAUAACAAACGCCACAGAGGCUGUCCUUCUAGUAAACCAAUGCUGUAGCUUUAUACCUACUGAUGAUAGUAUAUUAGUUCAAAAAUAUAGUCAACUAUUAUGGAAUCUAAUAAGACAACAAAAUUUGUCUGUCGAAGGCAAAACUCUAACAUUAACGGUUCAGUGGUGCUUGAAUGGACUGCAGAUAAAGGAUAAAAAUAUCAUACUUGUUGUUUUGCAAGCAUUAGAUGCUUUGCUGAGAAGCAAUGUCAACAAACAAAGCAUACAAGUAGGAUAUGUUGUUAGAGAAAUAUGCAAAUUCCUGAAAAAGAACCAGGGAACCUUGGAAACUACUCUUUUAGCACUACAAUGCUUGGAAGCAUGUACAACUUUGUCUAGUGAAAAUCAAAAAGCAGAUAGUGACCUUCAUAAGCCUUUAGAGUUAUGUUCAGAAGUUUUUCUGAGUCAUCUGACUGAAAAUCUAACAGACUCCAAUGAUCUUAUCACAAAUAAGAUAUUACAAACAUGCUGUCUUGGACUACAGAAUGUUAUAUUGCAAUAUCCAGAGUACCUUAUGAAAGAAUUGGGAACAGUAUUGGGUGUGAUAAAAACAUUCAUGUUGCUAGGAAUUAAAAAUGUAGAUUACAUUAUGCCUCAAAAAUUGAUGCCAUCGGCUUUAAGUAUACCAGAAAUGCCAAGCCUUACUAGGGAAAAGAAAGGAGGAAAGCUGACAAAACAAAAAAAGCAUAGGGUUAGUGGAACUCAAAAGAAAGGAAAAAUAAAUCAAAGUGAACAUGACACUUCCAGUGGUGGUUAUAUCCCAGCAACAACCUGCCUGGAUUAUAACUCAGAUAGUGGAGUUAGUGGUGUUAACAGUGGCAAUAAAAUAAAGACCAGUGAUUCAGACUUUUCAGACAGCGAAUCAGGAAAAGCUGCCAAAUUGCAACAUGUCAAAACUAAAGUCAGGAGAGCUGCACUCAAUUUGUUCUUCAUUGUUGUGAAGAAUACAGAAAAAUCCACAAUGUUCACAUACUGGUCUAGCUUUAUACCUGAAGAUAAUAUGUCUGGCCAACACAAUCUUGUCACCUGUUUCUUAAGAGAUCCUUCUGCAAGAAACAGAAUGUCUGCUCUCAAUGUUCUGCUGUUGCUUUUAACUACAUCUAAGUUGUAUUUGGCACAGGCUGAGUCAAGGUAUGAGUGAUAAGAGUACAUCCUUUACACCUUAUUCUGUGGUAUUAGGCAGAAUGAUCACAGAAUUACACAGAAGCCUAAGUUUAAUCCUACAUGAAAUAUCUGUCCCAGUUUUGACACAAGCUUUGAAGUGCUAUGCAGCUUUGAUACAGGCAACACCUUAUCACAGAAUGUCUAGUAGACUUAUGACUAAAGUUAUCAGGAAUAUCAAACCAUUUUUGUAUCACAAAGAUGCUUCAGUUCAAGUGACAGCCCUGAUAGCGCUGGGCUGUGUUCUAGCUUCAGAACCUGUGCUCCCGGAAACGAUUGAGGCAAUGUUGAAAUUAGAAUCAGCUUUAAAAAACAAAGUUGCAAAAAAUGAUGAUAGUUUGUUGAUGGACGAUAUUGAUUCCUUAUCAAUUAAUGAUAGUUUUGAAUAUGCUGACUUUGAUGAGCCAGAAGAAGCUGAGGAAAGUGAUAGUCGUUGCGGAACGGGAAUACCAUGGCUUUUGAAAAGGUGUUUGGUCAAUUUAGGAGUAGAAAUGGAGGAAAGCGAGUCGUCAAAAGGAGCAGCUCCAGUGAAACUAGAAUCUUUGCAGAUAUUGUCAGCAAUGAGUACCAAAUAUUUUGAAAACCUCAUCCUACCGCACCUGUCUUUAAUUGUCAAAGCCCUAGAUCAAGCCUUACUUGACUCUUAUGUUGACUUGAAGUUGCAUGCUGGUAGAACAGUGGAUUUCAUCGGCCAAGCUAUGAGCAAAUUUUUGUCCAACGAAGAUAAACUUGUUGAAAUCCCAAUCACUCAGUGUGUAAAUUUUUGGAAGACCUUAUUGAAUAAAUCCCUAGUCGACUUAUUUCAAUUUGAAGAAAAUCCUAUCUUGAGGGCUGUCGCUUGCGAUUGCUUGGGCAGCAUUGGACCUCAUAUAUUUGAGCAAUUACCUCGGGAUAAACAAAUCUUAUGUGUGACUUUGCUAUUUUCGUGUACAAGAGAUGGAGAAAAUAGUGUCAAAGGAGCAGCAGUUAGGGCAUUAGCAAUCUGUGUGACGUAUCCAUCACUUAGAGAGGAUACUGGAUUUGUAUUGGAUACAGCAGAAGCAAUAUACAGAACACUGAAAGAUGACCAUCUGUCAGUCAGGGAAAAAGCCUCGUGGUCUUUAGGAAAUCUUAGUGGAGCCCUUGUUUUGAGCAGCACAGAAUCUAAAGAGGCAUUCGAAGAAAUAUCGUCGGAAAUGAUUUUAAAGCUUUUAAAGGCAUGCAUUUGCGGCACCUCGGACAAUGAUAAGGUGAAAAUGAACUGCGUAAGAGGGAUAGGAAAUUUACUGCAGUUGGUUACAGAGGAAAUGUUGAAAAAUGAACCCUUUCCAGAAACAGUUGAUAAAGCAUUUGCUGUUUUGGUUAAAUGUUGUACUACAGGAUCUAAUAUGAAGGUUCGAUGGAAUUCUUGCUAUGCUCUAAAAAAUGCCAUGCAGAAUAUAAAUUUGUACAAAAGGUGUUCUGUUGAUGGACACUUCAGCAACAAAGACUGGCAGGUUCCAGUAUUCAACGCACUGAACGAAUUAGUGGUCUCUUUCAAGAACUUCAAGGUUAGGAUAAAUGCAGCCUUAGCGUUGUCCGCGCCUAAAUGCAGAGAACAUUAUGGAAAUUUUUAUUUCUCCGUAUGGGCGGCGCUUCUGAAGGCUUUGGAAAAUUCUGGGAAUAUAGAAGACUUCAAUGAAUAUAAGCAUAGGGAUAACCUAGUGGAACAGAUUUGUCUGUCAUUAGGGCACCUGACAACACUUUUACAAAUGGGAGAUCUGUCACAAUUACAAAGUACUCUGCAACUAUAUGAAGAUAAUCUAAAAACUCAUAUCGGCAAGGUGAUGGAACGUUUGGUUCCAGAAAAGUCUACACAACUUUCGAACGCUGUAUAUGCGUUAAACCAGCUGGAAAAGAGAGAUUUGGAUGCAAGUGGGAGAGAAAUUCUUGGACAGUUCAAAAAGAUUUUUGAAUUAAAUAUCUGAACUGUAUAAGAAAAUAAUUUGGAUGUGAAGCAUUUGAAAACGUUUUUUGUUACGGACUUUUUAAAAUUGUUUUUUUUAAAUAUGUAUUUUCUGUUUACAUUGUAUAUGUCUUUUUAUGGAACAAAUAAAAUUUGUCGAGUGACGCAAAUGCAUGCAUUUCUUAUUAC